CGGGGGGGGGGGGUUCCGGGGCUGCCGCUUCUCGGGCCGGACUCCCGGCGGAGCUCCGAGCCGCCCUCCCCCAGCGCCGGCGAGGCCGGAGGGGCGGCCAGAGGGGGAGCGCGGCUGGGACUCGGUUUCCCGGCAGGCAGCGCGGCCUCCCGCCACGCGGCUCCCAGCAAGCGCGCGCGGGGAGGGAGGCAUAGCCUCCGAUUGGCCCAGGCGCCGCCCCGCCUCCCGUCGGCCCGCGCGCGCCGAGCGGAAAGGGCGGGCCCAGGGCGUCUCUGCCAGGGGCGCUUCCGUUUCUCCCUCGAGGUCGGCGUGGAAGGCGAGGCCGCCAUGGGCCCGGUUCUGCUGCACGUCCUCUUCGAGCACGCGGCCGGCUACGCGCUCUUCGCGCUGCGGCAGGCCGAGGAGGUGGCGCUGCUGCUGCCGCAGGUGGAGUCGAGCGUGCUGAGCCUGGGCCAGUUCCUCGCGCUGGUGCGGCUGGUGGCCUUCUCGCCCUUCCGCUCGGCCCAGAGCGCCCUGGACAACAUCCACGCCGUCUCCGAAGGGCUGCUGCACGAGGACUUGCGGCUGCUGCUGGAGACGCAUCUGCCGGCCAAGCGGAAGAAGGCGCUGCUGGGCGUCAGCGAUGCCAAGAUCGGGGCCGCCAUCCAGGAGGAGCUGGGCUGCCCCUGCCAGACCGGCGGCGUGGUGGCCGAGGUCACCCGAGGGAUCCGGCUGCACUUCUGCCACCUCAUCAAGGGCUUGACGGCCCAGUCGGCCUCCAAGGCCCAGCUGGGGCUGGGGCACAGCUACUCCCGGGCCAAGGUCAAGUUCAACGUGAACCGGGUGGACAACAUGAUCAUCCAGUCCAUCAGCCUCUUGGACCAGCUCGACAAGGACAUCAACACCUUCUCCAUGCGGGUCAGAGAAUGGUAUGGGUAUCAUUUCCCAGAGCUGAUCAAGAUUGUGAGCGAUAACUAUACUUACUGCCGCUUGGCCAAGCUUAUCAGAAACCGAAAAGAACUGAGCGAAGAGAGCUUGGAGGAGUUAGAGGAGGUGGUCAUGGACAGCGCUAAAGCACAGGCGAUUUUGGAAGCAUCCCGUUCAUCCAUGGGCAUGGAUAUCUCUCCUAUUGAUCUCAUCAACAUUGAGAGGUUUUCUAGUCGUGUCAUCUCGCUCUCUGAAUACCGCAAAGGCCUGCAGGAAUACCUGCGUUCCAAGAUGAGCCAGGUGGCCCCCAGCCUCUCAGCCCUGAUUGGCGAAGUGGUGGGUGCCCGCCUCAUUUCCCAUGCUGGCAGCCUGACCAACCUGGCCAAGUACCCAGCCUCAACCGUUCAGAUUCUGGGCGCAGAGAAAGCCCUGUUCAGAGCCUUGAAGACUCGGGGCAACACCCCCAAGUACGGCUUGAUCUUCCACUCCACUUUCAUUGGGCGAGCAGCGGCCAAGAACAAGGGCCGCAUCUCCCGCUACUUGGCCAAUAAGUGCACCAUUGCGUCCCGCAUCGACUGCUUCUCAGAGGUCCCGACUAGUGUCUUUGGGGACAAGUUGCGUGAGCAGGUCGAGGAGCGCUUGGCCUUCUAUGAGACAGGAGAGCCCCCUCGCAAGAACCUGGACGUCAUGAAAGAGGCGGUGGUGGAGGCCACAGAGGUUGCCACCGAGAUCAAGAAGAAGCUGGAGAAGAGGGAGAAGAAGAAGCAGAAACGUGAAAAGAAGCGCCUGGAGGCUCUGGCGGCAGCUGCUGGGGAGAACUCCCUGCUGGGGGCCACGGUGGAGGAAAAUGAGACGGAGCCCAAAAAGAAGAAAAAGAGGAAGCGGCAAGAGGAGCCAGAGCUGUCCGAGAACGGCCUGGAGCCAGAGGUUGGGCCCAAGAAGAAGAGAAAGCAGCUGCAGCCACCACCCCCUGUGGAGACCCCAGAGAAGAAGAAAAAGAAGAAGAAGGUGCGGCUGGAGCAGGACAGCGACGAUGCAGACUAGCAGGGCAGGAUCUGGCCCCAGGAGCCAAGGCCAGAGAGCCUCUUUCAUCCCUCCUCAAAUAAACUGGCUUUGGGAGCUGUGGUCCUCGUUCUUCCCAGGCAAGAGAAUGUAGCCCUGGUUGGACCUUCUUUGCUAAAACGACUGGGCUGAAGGCCACUGGGGCCAUGCCUUGCAGGCCUUUGGCACACGCUGGGCUCUGUCCAUGGAGGGAAGUGGGGGGACCCGAGUGCGGGGGCUGGCGGGUGGGGUGGGGGUGGCCCAACCCUGCCCUGUCGACCAUGGAGUAGCCAUUGCUGCAGAAUUGGGGCCUUAUGAAGCCGCCGCACAUUUUUAAGUGUUCAGCCUGCCAUUGACAAUAAAGGAUGUUGUUCAUAA